AUGUCCUCUACUUGCGUUGCAGAAUCCUCAUCAUCCCCUUCUCUCACUUCUAUUACCGUUAACGCAUCCGUAUCUACUAAUGUUCCUAUUGCCAUAACUAUUCCCCCUGAGAUUUUCAUCAAAAUAUGUGAACAUUUACCACCACCUGAUCUUUUGUCGUUGACUGGUGUUUGUAAAAGGUUUCGAGGCUUUUUGUGUUCUCCAGAGUCUUUAAUAACACAAGAUAUCUGGCGUACUUCAAGAAUAUGUUUCUUACCUGGUCUCCAAUUACCACCUCCUGAAGGAAUGUACGAAGAAGAAUACAUUAGAUUUGCAAAUUUGUUGACUCGUUGCCAAUAUUGUACUUCUCAAAAAAUGGUCAAAGUUUAUUGGCAAUUUCAGGUUAGAUGUUGUCAAGAGUGUCUAUUAAAAAAUACCACACCUAUCAUUAAGGAUCAUAAUUGGAUGACUGACAACGUAUUCACUGGCUUGGUCUACGUUAGGCACAAUAAUCAAAUUCUUUUUUGGACGUCUGAUCUAAAGUUAUCAUAUAGAGAAUUUGAAGUUAUUAGUGGUAAUCACUACAUGAAAUGGGUUGCCAACCGAAAAGAAAGGCGUAUCCGUAUUAUGGAAGAUUCCGCUCUGCGUGAUCAAGCUGCUGCUGCUGCUGAAGAAGAAAGCAACAAACUAUUAGGUUCGGCUACCGCUGAUACCACAACUAACAUUUCAACUGUCAGUGCUUUAGGUGUUGAUGUUGAUCCAAGACAAUUCGCACUAUCACAAAUCCGUAUCACUGGCACAAGAUCAAGUGUUUCUUCAGCAGUGUCAGCGUUACAGCAUUUUGGUCAUAUUGAUACCCUUGACAUUAUGAUAAUGGAUUCCCCUUGA